GAUAUUUUACAGAGAAUGUAUGAAAUACUAUUCAAACAGAGAGUUGGAACAGAAGAUGUGUUUCUGGGUGUGAGCAGGAAGGACGGUUCCACAGCCUGCUGUGAGGACAUGGUGAUAAGAAUUAAUCUGCCAGACACAAAGCUGAGUGAUGUCACUCUUGAUGUGAAUGAUCGGUUUCUUACUCUUCGCUCCCCACACUAUAAGCUGGGCCUGCACCUGCCACACGCAGUGGACAGUAAGAACGGAAAAGCUCAACUGAUCUCUAGCACCAGCUUGCUGGAGGUCACCUUAACUAUGAAGAGAGAACUGGACUUCGUCAACUUUGCAUAAGAAAUAGACAUGGAGUCACUGUGGCCCCGACCCUAAGUGAAUACGAUUCACCCAAUUUGUGGGUGGGGAGAGAUGGAGUUUGGCAUUAAACAUUAAACAGAUAAUCAGACUGACAAAUGGUCUGUUCUC